AUGACCCUAUCGAGGACUUUUGUCGAAGAUUUGGUCACCAAACAGCAGUUGUCAACCGCAGACUACCCGUGGCUCGUUUGGCAUGACCUCGACACUAACAGUAAGGAUAACAUGCCACAGCUACACGCCAAUCUCAGCAAGAAUGCAUCGAUUCCUUCUGUGCACGGCGGAGCCCUGUGGGCUGACGAUAUUAACUACCGACUUUUCCUCUUUGGUGGUGAAUUUUACGAUGACAGUCUGGGAACUUCAAGCCUUAUGUCCUAUGAUAUCUGGUACGAUCGAUGGGACGACUUUGGGCCCCCCUCUGCAGGUAUUUCACGUGUCAGCUAUGGAGCUUCCACGACCGUAAAAGAGCGGGGAGAAGGGUACUACUACGGAGGCUAUCGCUCCAAUUAUUCAGAGCCUGGAUGGACCGGUCCACCGCGUGCAGUACCGGAUUUGAUUCGCUACAAGAUGGACACCAAUUCAUGGACCAAGCUUGCAGGGCCAGACGACAUCAAACGAGCCGAAGGUGUAAUGACGUUUAUUCCCGCAAGUGACCGUGGAAUGCUGGUUUACUUUGGGGGCCUUCAGGAUCCUGGCGACAAUGGGACUAUGGUUCCGCAGCCGAUGGACCAAAUAUUCCUCUAUGACAUUAUAUCCAACAAGUGGCAUGUUCAAGAAGCUAAUGGCACUAUUCCUGAAUAUCGAAGGAGGUUCUGUGCCGGAGCUGUAUGGGCCAAGGAUCGAAGCAGUUACAAUAUUUACCUUAACGCGGGUAUCGGCCUUGACGGAUAUGGGUUUGACGAUGUCUAUAUCCUCUCCCUUCCAUCCUUCCAAUGGAUCAAAACGUACCCUCUCGACCAUAACGGGACCGGCGAGUAUCCGUCGCACAGCCUUUCCUGUGACGUUGUCAACGAAGGGUCCCAAAUGCUCGUUAUCGGAGGGACAUUUCCGGCGGACGAUGAUCAGUGCGACUCGGAGGAAGUCUGGGGAGUUCAUAACAUCGAUCUUGGCGAUCAAAUCAAGUCAAGCUUCAAGCACGUAUGGGCUGGGUACGAGCCUACUUUGUUCGGAUAUACGGUCCCUAGUUUUGUGACCAACGCUAUCGGCGGAACCAAAAAUGGAGGCGCGACCAAGAUGAAGCCCGAAUCUGGCUUUGUGGAUCAUGAUCUUGGCACGUUACUUGGCAUGAAAGCCGCCUUCGCUACUCGCACAAGAUGGAAAGAUGGACGCUCUGACCCCGCAACCGCAACAGCAAGCAAGAGCUCAAGUUCGCAAUCUGGUCUUUCAACAGGCGCCAUUGUCGGUAUUGCUGUUGGCGGUUCUGUCAUCUUGUUGACUGCACUAGUUGGUCUUUGGUUGCUACGUAAAAAACGAGAGGCAAAGUCUAACGUGCAGUUGGUUGCGACGGCAGAGCCCGUCUUCCCAACAGCCUAUACUCCGCCAUCCUUUAGCCCCUCGUUCUAUAACCAGUCACCAGAUAGCGGGCAGCGUAGGAGCCCAUGGGGUCAAGUUGAUGAUUGGGGCCGCUCAGAGCAGAAUCGGGUUUGGAGGCCACCUUUCGUAAACUCACAGCCGAGUGAGCUUGAUAGCCAAGGCUAUAAUUUUCGUGGAACAGAUAGGUAA